AUGCAUAAAUUCAAUGCUAAUUUUCUUACUUACUGAUCAAAAAUAUUAUCCUUUAAAUACAUCUGUAAAAAUUUUAUGCAAAAGUCAACUAAUAGAGCUGAUGACCUUACUUUAGGCGAAGUCGAUAUACUCGAUUUCCUUGAUUUCCCACCGCCUCUACCGACACGUUCUCAUGAAGUAGCUCGGGAUGCGGAAGAAACUUACACAGAUAUCAAAUCUACCGGUCGAAAACAGAUCGUUGAUACAAAAAUUCUUGAUAAUUAAAAAUAUGGCGUCUUCGUAUAAUUAAAAUAUGGCGUCUUCGUCUGGGCAUGGCCUCCCGGCCAUGCAGCCUCGACUCAUAUUUUAAUUAUAUCCGGCAAGUUUUGCAUUUCAGAAAGGGACAGCAAUGCUAGGUAAGCAAUUCUGGUGGAGCUCAGAGCCUAGCCCAAGUCUAUUUUCAGGGAUGUUUUUUCCUCAUGGGGAAGGAGGCACGUGAGUUGGAAAGGGGAAGCUCAGCAGAGUCCGUUAGGACCAAUCGGGCAACUCCCUAGCGUGAAACUGGGCGUUACGUCCCAGGCUUCGUGUUUUCCUUUUUGCCGAGAGCCUACCAGAAAAUCCAUUUUUUUUAUGGAUUUUCGGAAUGGCAACCCAUGUCCUCAAGCGAAGUAGCUCAGUCAUGAGCCGUCGAAGUCGGCAACACCUGCGACUAGGUGCACCUUGGCGUAGCAAAGCUGGUCGACCCAGAGGCCGGUGGGCCCGAUGCGCCAUAGGCAGGCGGAAGCUCUGGGAUGGGCAACCCCGUAAGGGACGUUAAGCGUAUAAAUCUAAUAGAAUAGAAUACAAAAAUUCUUGGCAGAUUUCAAAGUUCAUCCAACCCUUACCCUCCUAAAAAAGAGUACCUUCGAUGCAAAAUGAUCCGAGGUCAUAAAAGAGCUAAUCGCCAAAUAGAAAAAUCGGUCAUCCCUAAGCGCACAAUAAAUGCAUAUUCCUCUAUAGCCGAAGUCUAUUGAAGCAAGCUUGCAGCUUGCUUUAACGCCCACAAGGACGUUCUAAUUGAGGAAAGCAAAACUGAAGCAGGGCCGAAGACUGAUGGCAAAACCAAGCGAAAUUGUAAUGAAAACAAUAUCCCGAAAGGCUCCAUGCCAAAUGACUGUGGAUUUUUGACAGUGUACAUUUCAUCGAAAUCCAUUUGGUCGAAAAUUUUUAUAGUGCGACAUUUGGCCGAAAAAUUAAUGGUUUUUUUUUUCGGUCAAAUGUCUCACUUUCAAAAAUUUUAGACCAAUUUUCGGCCAAAAAUUUUCGGUGAAAUGGACACUAUCAAAAGGGUAAGUCAUUUGACCUGCACCCAUCCCGAAAAGCUUCAACGAAAAGUUUUGUAAAAGGUAUUUUUCUCCUGAAGAGGUAAGAGAAUCGUACUUUUACUAUACAGAGUACAUAUUUGCUGAGUUUGACCCUGAUGUUAUGUGCAAAAAAUUCAAGCUCAGAUGCUGCAGGUCGCCUAUUCAUAAUUCUGAGUGCUUUGAAAGCUGAAAAUUGUUGAAGUUUUACGUCCAGAAGAUUAUGCUGGACAAUUUAGGUGUUGAGCCGUGGAUUGUGAUGGAAGCCACCACAGAUGUUUCGACCAUGCCGAAUCCAAUGCCACAAAUUGUAGUUGAGACUAAGAUUGCAGAGAGUGAGAUUAAAAAAGUAGAGCCACAGCAGAUAAAUGAUCCUUUAGAGAAUAUUUUCAGAGAAAUUGAUGGAGAUAUUGAUCCAGAACUAUUCUUUAAUUUUUAG